AUGGCCUCGGAAAGCAACAAGAAGCGCAAGAGGAGCGGAGAGUCCGCGGCCAAGCCCAAGAAAAAGGUCGCCAUCGAUGCGCCUCCCUCGUCAGCUACCGUCUCCUCCGUCCUCCGACCCAAGUUCUGCCCACCCGUCAUAGCUACCAUCCCGGGCUUCGAAUUACCGAAAAAUACCCCCUUUCACUCCUAUGCGCCCAAGAAUGGCGCCAAGUCAAAAACGAAGCAGCCCAAGUCUGCCGGCGAGAAGGAGUUUUUGCUGCACUCGACGGCGCAUCGCAGUCUCGACUACACGGCCAAGGCGGAGGGCUCUAGGGGCAGCAAGCCUGCGCUGAACCACUUCCUCGGCAUCUAUGAUCCCAAGACCGGCAAGCUCCAGGUGGUGGAGGCCAAGAAGAUGACGGUUCGAGGCGCCGUGCGUGCGAAGCAGGCCUCGGCCGCUGCUACGGGCGAGCGCGAUGCUAAACAGACCAUGAUGGAGCUCAAGACGGAUCUCGGCCAGACAUUUGGUACUAAGAAGGCCAAGAAGGCUAUCCAAGAGAACGUCCUCAACGCCAUCGCGCCUCAGAAGAAGGCGGGAGAUGCGCCCACCAAGAUCGACGCGGCAGCUCGCGCCAUGCUCAGCUCGGUCGGAGAAGUCACAUCGACCAUGGCGUCGCGGGAAGAGCUGCAGGCUGUGGUGGACGAGGCCAAGCCCGUGCCCGUCGCCAACGUGGACGCGACCGAGAUCCAAGACGUCUACGACCCCAAGAAGAUUAUCGGCGCCGAUAUCCUCAACCUUGUGCCCGUCCGCGAAUGGCAGGAGAAGGUGCAACAUAAGGAGAGCAUCCAGGUGCCCUCGCGCUUUGUUGCAGCGCGCGUCAACCGGGUGGCUGGCAACGAGGAGGCCGUGACACGACUCCGCGUGCUACGCUACUUCUUCUUCGUCCUCCUCUUCUACCUCCACAGCAAGCCCGGCAAAGCCAGGGGUACACGAAGUAUACCACCCCGUGAGAAGCUCAGAGAGUUUCUGGCGCCAGCGCCCGAGGCCGUCAUCGAGAGCAUCCGGCGCAAGUUCUCGGACCGGGGCGAGAUGCGCAAGUUCCACAUAGACCUGCUGAUGACGCACUGCUGCGUCUUUGCCUGCAUCGUCGACAACUUUGAGGUGGACACGCAGAACCUGCGCGACGACCUCAAGAUUGACCAAAAGACCAUGAACGGCUACUUCCACGAGAUCGGCGGCCGCGUCAAGCCCGUGAGCAACAAGGACACUAAGACGACGGUCCACGUUGCGCGACUUACCCUGCCUCUCAACUUCCCUAAGCAGAGACACAUUGCUCCCAAGCGCCGUUAG